AAGCUACUAAAACCCGGUUACAAGAUUGAAGUAAUUAAAUAAAAAACACAACGGUAAGCAGUGACGAAUAACAGCAACGAGAAGACAAUGAGGUCCUGGUUCAUUUUAUUCUGCUUAAGUCUGAUUUUAUUCUCUGCAACUGCCGAAGCUUCUUAUUGUUCGAUCGAGGGGUUACCAUUUGUAAGAAAUAUUAGUGAGCUUUCACAGGAUAACUUUGGAAGGGGAGGAUUGUCCCAUAUUACUUUGGCAGGCUCUGUCUCCUCUGGAUUGAAAGAGGUUGAGGUUUGGCUUCAAACAUUUGCUCCAGGAUCACGAACACCAAUACACAGGCACUCCGGUGAAGAAGUUUUUGUUGUCCUGAAGGGUAGUGGCACUCUCUAUCUUGCCUCAAAUUCACAUGUGAAGUACCCUGGAAAGCCACAAGAAUAUUUUAUCUUUUCAAAUAGCACCUUUCAUAUCCCUGUUAAUGAUGCUCACCAGGUCUGGAAUACUAAUGAACAUGAGGAUUUGCAAGUGCUUGUCACAAUAUCUCGUCCGCCCGUAAAAGUGUUUAUAUACGACGACUGGUACAUGCCUCACACUGCAGCAAAGCUGAAGUAUCCCUACUAUUGGGAUGAACAAUGCCUCCAAGCAACUGUGAAAGAUGAGCUUUAAAAUUGAAAUACGAGAUGAGAACUAUGCACUAAGAAAUGGUCACCGUUUCUCUACUCCUCAUGAAAAGUGAGUAUGAGAGAGAUUUCAUUGCACUUUUGACAAUCUGAGUCAAGAUUCCAUAGUGAAAGGGGCUAGUAACUUGUAAUAGUUUUACAUGAAUGCUGGAUUUGUAUAUUUUUUAAAUUAACAUAUUUCACGUUUACCUUACCAUUCUAAAACAUGGUUUCU